CGUAGCAGAAGUUUUAUAUUUUCUAACUUGGCCACGACUAGAUCUUCCUGAUCCUAAGCUAGUUAUUGGCUACUGUUCGGAUUCUUGUCAUUGUUAACUCCAGCAGAAAUUUCGUUAGUUGUGAAUCUUGUUUAUCCAUGGAUAUUGUUAACUGUUUAAACAAGAUUUAAGACAUGAAACGUAUCUGCUCUCAAUGUGCUCUACAGCAGCAUGAACUCACCGGGUCAGCUAACGGGAUGGAAUGCAAGCGGGGGUGAUCCCUGUGGGCAAUCAUGGAGGGGCGUCAAAUGCUCUGGUUCAGCUGUUACAGAAGUGAAGCUGUCAGGAUUAGGAUUAAAUGGUAAUUUGGGGUACCAGUUGGACAAGAUGAAAUCCCUAAUAGAGCUGGAUCUCAGCAAUAAUAAUCUUGGAGCUGGAAAUACUAUCCCUUACAAUCUGCCACCGCACCUACAGCAGCUAAAUCUUGCUCAGAACCAAUUUAACGGAGGCAUCCCAUAUUCCAUAUCGCAGAUGGCUGCUCUUCAGAAACUGAAUCUUGCACAUAAUCAACUGCGGGACUCUUUGUCUGAUAUGUUUGUAAACCUAGUAAGCCUUGGGACCAUGGACCUCUCUUUUAAUUUCAUUACAGGUGAUCUUCCUGAAAGUUUCAGUUCCUUAUCAAGUCUCACAAUUCUAUAUUUGCAAAACAACCAGUUUACGGGCCCUAUUGAUGUACUUGCUAUUCUCCCCCUUAAUGAACUUAAUGUGGCAAAUAAUCGUUUCACCGGAUGGAUUCCUAACCAAUUGAAGGGAAUUGAUAAUCUUAAGACUGAUGGUAACUCCUGGAAUUCUGGACCUGCCCCACCGCCACCUCCAUAUACCUCACCACCAGGAAUACCUUCUAACCCUGUUCAGGCUCAGGGAUCAGGUGGCAGCAAUAAUCCAUCUGAUGGUGGUGGUAAAAGUUCUGGUAUAGGUGGGGGAGGGAUAGCUGGUAUCAUCAUAUCUAUUCUUGUUGUCGGUGCUGUAAUUGCUUUCUUCUUAUUGAAGAGGAAAACAAGGAAAUUUUCCAGGGAAGAUCAUCUUGAACAAGAUCAACCUUUUGCAUCUCUAGCUUCCAAUGAGCUGAAGUCCAUUAAUUUAGCAUCUUUUGUUGACACAGCAAUGUUUAAAUCCGCAACUGAUGCAACGACAUUUCAGCCAACUUCUGCCAGUCUUAAAUCCCCUCCUACGAGUAGGCAAAAUAAGUCAUAUGAAGAAGAUGAGCUGUCGAAAAGGAUGCCAGUGAUGAAAGAAAAAGCGGUUCCUAUUCGUAAAACCAUGUAUUCAGUAGCAGACCUGCAGCUGGCUACAAAUAGCUUUAGUUUGGAUAAUCUUAUUGGUGAAGGUUCUCUUGGACGUGUAUACAGAGCUCAAUUUGCUGAUGGCAAGGUUUUUGCAUUAAAGAAAAUAAAUACCUCAUCUUUGUCCCGUCAGUCAUAUGAGGGCUUCAUUGAAUUAGUUUCGAGCAUAUCUCGGCUUUCUCAUCCAAACAUUUCUGAGCUAGUUGGCUAUUGCUCUGAGCAUGGACAGCACUUGCUGGUGUAUGAGUUCCAUAAGAAUGGCUCCCUGCAAGAUCUCCUACAUCUCGUUGAUGAGGAUAGCAAUCCAUUAAGUUGGAACACUCGUGUGAAGAUUGCACUUGGAAUAGCAAGGGCAUUAGAGUACCUGCAUGAAGUUUGUUCUCCGUCUGUUGUCCACAAAAAUUUCAAUUCAGCCAACAUCUUAAUGGAUGCAGAGCUUAAUCCUCACGUUUCAGAAUGUGGACUAGCAUGCCUUAUCCCUAAUGCAGACUAUCGGGGUGCAAAUCAUAACCUGGCUUCUGGAUACAAUGCUCCUGAGGUUGACAUGUUUGGGCAGUACACUCUGAAGAGCGACGUGUAUAGCUUUGGAGUAGUCAUGCUAGAGCUCCUGACCGGAAGAAAACCUUUUGAUAGCUCUAGACCAAGAUCUGAGCAACACUUGGUUCGAUGGGCGACUCCUCAGCUCCAUGACAUUGAUGCUCUUGACAAGAUGGUCGACCCACAACUCCAGGGGCUCUACCCUGCAAAAUCUCUUUCUCGAUUUGCUGAUGUUAUUGCCAUAUGUGUUCAGCCUGAGCCAGAGUUCAGACCACCGAUGUCAGAAGUAGUGCAAGCGCUGGUUCGUCUCGUCCAACGGGCCAACGUAAACCAGAGAGUGCUUGCUGGUGAUGCACAAGACGCAAUCCGGAGGACAGGUAACAGAGAUGCAUAGUACUACAUGUUCUAAAACACUUGCUCGUAACAUAUGUUGAAACUCAUUAUUGGUGGGUUACAAGAUGAUGAGAUUUCCUAGCUCCCAGGUGCCGGAUUUUGUCACUCCAAGAUAGUUGAAGGGGAAGGAAUUGGCUAUUGUAUUGCAGAUAAAAUAGCAUAAGCUAGGCUAAAGCAU